UUCCCUAAAACGCUUUUGCCGCGCACGUUGCUUUCCGUGUAGAAAGAGAACUCAACAGAGAAUUGAGAGAGAAGAAAACUAGAAAAAAAGCACCUCUCUCUAGUCUCUUUCCCCACACACACUCAUCUGCUCAAACUUUCCGAUUCCGAGAUAGGUGAGUGUUGACGAUUUAGGGUUUUUCUAUGGGAAAAGGUACCAAGAUCGGUGGAUGCAAGUCUGCGUCGCACCAACUAUUCAAAGAUAGGGCAAAGAACCGUGUGGAUGAUCUUCAAGGCAUGUUCUCGGAUCUGCAAUCGGCGAGGAAGGAGAGCCGUACUAUUGAAGUCGCUGUACUUGAAGAGCAAGUUCAUCAGAUGCUUCGAGAGUGGAAAGCUGAACUCAACGAGCCCUCUCCAGCUUCUUCUCUGCACGGUGGAAGUCCUGGGUCUUUUUCAUCAGACAUUUGUCGGCUGUUGCAGCUUUAUGAAGAAGAAGACGAUGCCACCAGUGCAUUAGUUGCCCCAAAGCUUGAGCCUGAUGGGCAAAAAGUCAGCAAUAGCGCUAUUUUCCAAGAGCAGUGCUUUGGUGUGAAUCAGGGGCCACAGCAACAAGGAUUUCAGUUGGUUGAUCAAUGCAAAGAAUCCCCUUCAGGAGUUUACAACAUGGGAGUCCAUAACUUUGGGUUUGCUACUCAGUUGGAUUAUCAUGCUUUUGAUUUCCAUCAAGACUUUGAGCAGACUCUUUUUGCUGGUUUUGAUGGUUCGGGUCUUUGUGGUGAGGAUGCUAUCCCUCAGAUCUCUGCUUUUCUGCCAAAUAUUUGCCCUCCACCUUCUGCUUUCUUGGGGCCGAAAUGUGCGCUUUGGGAUUGUAACAGGCCUGCUCAAGGAUUGGCCUGGUGUCAAGACUAUUGCAGUAGCCUUCAUGGAGCACUUGCACUGAAUGAAGGUCCACCUGGUAUGACGCCAGUUCUGAGACCUGGUGGUAUUGGCGUGAAAGAUCCAGUGCUUUUCAAUGCUCUUAGGGCCAAAGCACAAGGAAAACAUGUUGGUAUUCCAGAAUGUGAGGGAGCAGCAACUUCAAAGUCCCCCUGGAAUGCUCCCGAGCUCUUUGAUUUUUCAGUACUUGAGGGUGAGACAAUCAGGGAGUGGCUCUUUUUUGAUAAGCCCCGAAGAGCAUUUGAGAGCGGAAAUAGAAAGCAAAGGUCAUUACCAGAUUAUAAUGGGCGUGGCUGGCAUGAGUCAAGGAAGCAAGUGAUGAAUGAGUUUGGAGGGUUGAAGAGAUCUUAUUAUAUGGAUCCGCAACCAAUGAAAAAUUGUGAAUGGCAUCUUUAUGAGUACGAGAUCGACAAGUGUGAUGUUUGUGCCUUGUAUAGGUUGGAAUUUAAGCUGGUUGAUGGGAAGAAGAGUCCAAAAGGAAAAAUUACAAACGAUUCAGUUGUUGAUCUGCAGAAGCAGAUGAGAAGGCUUACUGCUGAGUUUCCCUUGGACAGAAAGCCCUCCCUCAAGGGGAGGACAAAAGGUAAUUUGAGGGAUGGUGUUGGAAAUGUCUAUUCUGCUCCAAAGCAAAUGGCACCUACAAGUGAAGGUUUUGAUUAUGGAAUUGGUGCACCAUAUGAUUACCUUGUCGACAAUCCGAGUGGCUAUUACUUGACGUAGUUGAAGAAACUUGGAUGCAUAUGGAAUAAGCAGCACUUUUUGUUGGUCCAGCCAAAUGGUUUUGCUAUAGCAGUUGAGUCUCUCUUUCUUUUCUUCUCUAUCAUAUCAUUCAGUCUUCUGUCUCUCAUCAAUCUGAUGUUUCUUGGUCACAUGAGGACAUGAUGCAUUUUUCUUUGUUCCCUGGAGGCACAGUGCCGAAAUCGGACUGAGAUAAGUGAGCAUAUUCUAACCGGUGGAUGAUGGUUUACAAGUGGCUACCUUUACAAUUUUUUUGCUGACCCGUUGUUCUAUAUGAUGAACACACUAAAACAGACUAGGAAUGGUGAAUGCAAUAAUAUACAUGUGACAUCCUCCAAAUCUCAUUUGGAAUUUAAGACUAUGAUACUAAUUAUAUAGAGAAACACUGGUUAUGAUAUACAUAUAUAUAUAUAUUAGCAGCAAUUUGCAAUUUCUAGUUGUUGGGUAUGUAAAAUGCUCGUGUAGACUUAUUUGUAUGGCCAUCAAUGAUCAAAGUAUACAUGUUCGCUAUU